GUUUGGUAGGUACGGCCGAGUGUGCGAUUAGAUAUGCAUAUAUAAACUGUGUUCUCAAUGGUUUUGUACACAGUAUUUGUAGCCCAUAAUCGUCGGAUAACAGACGUGUGACGGUGCCUACGCUCGUAGUGUACAUUCGACGGCAGACUUUGUAAACACGAUGUCAGUGAAAGUGGAGAAGAUCGUGGACCCGGUGACGCUGGGCGAGGGUCCUCACUGGGACGAGCGGCAGCAGGCGCUGUACUUCGUCAGCAUCCACGACCGCACCAUCCACAAGUACGUCCCCACCACCAAGGAGCACACCAAGACAACGCUCGAUGGUACAGUGGGAUUCAUAGUUCCGGUGGAGGGCACCACAGACCAAUUCGUGGUGGGGGUGGGUCGCAAGUUCCAGGUGGUGCAGUGGGACGGCAGGGAGAACAGCCGCGCGAAGGUCGUCCGGGAAUUGGGGGAGGUGGACCAGCACACAAACCCACCCACUAGGCUCAACGAUGGAAAAGCCGAUCCGAGAGGCAGAUUGUACGCAGGCACGAUGGGCCACGAGAAGCCUCUGGGGGUCUUUGUGCCAGAGCAGGGCUCGUUCUUCCGCCUGGACGGCAGCAAGAUCACAACUGUGAGCGACAAGAUCGGAAUCUCCAACGGUCUGACCUGGGACCUGAAGGAGAAGGCCAUGUACUACAUUGACUCGCCGGAGCUGAACAUCAGGAGAUACGACUACAACGUGGAAACAGGAGAAAUAUCAAACUUGAGGCGUAUAUUUGACUUUAAGAAAAAUGGAAUAGAAGGUACCCCGGACGGCAUGACCAUAGACACGAACGGUAAUCUAUGGGUCGCGGUGUUCAACGGAUCGAGUAUCCUGCAAAUAGAUCCGAGGGCUGGUAAAUUGUUGCAGCAAAUACCAAUACCGGCGAAGCAGGUCACCUCUGUGACGUUCGGCGGACCCAAUUAUGACAUACUGUUCGUCACAUCGGCUAAACUUAAAAUUGAUAAUGUUGAACAGAAGCCCCCGUGUGGAGCAACGUUUAUAGUGACAGGUCAUGGGGCCAAAGGGUACCCCAACAACAACUUCCGGCUGUAGUGUUCCAUAUCAUUAUACCAAAUAACACUUAUAACUAAUAAUGCAUUUAAAUAUCUAAGUAUUUGCUUCUCCCACCAUAUUAUAUUUACUUUUAUAUCUUUUCUAUUAUAUUCACAAAAUUAUUCUAUAUUAUAUUAUUAUUUUAUAUAUUUUCAUUUUAUUUUUAACGUAAUAACGACCGUAUUAACUUAUCAUAAGUUUCGGGACUAUGCGGUACCCUUAGCCUGACUAAGGGUUCCGGGGGGUCCCAAAACAAACUUUUUCGAUUAAAAUACAAAUGUUAAUUCGCUUGUUUAUUACCUUAAAAUAUAAUGUUUACUCACAACAUUUCUAACAAUUAAAUACCACACAUGUUUAUGUAUACAUAAUUAAAUAACAAUUAAUUAAACAUAAUUAUUCCCGCCACUAUCACUAAGAGCUGUAAUAUGUAUCUAUCUAUCGACAUAACAUUUUUUGUUGGACGCCUCAUGAAAAUAACUUCAUAAAUUAAUUUUAUUUAAAAUUUUAAAAUACACUGCCUCUAAUAUAGUAUUUUUAUUCACCAACCAUAUAAAAAACAUGAUUUUGUUUGUAUAAAUGCAUUUAUGAGUACUUAUUAGGUAUACCGUAUUGCAUUUAUUGUCGUCAGUCAACUAUAUUACCUAUUUAUAUUUAUUUAUCUAUUUUAAUAUAAAUCCAAACUUUAAACUUUUAAUACUCGAUCACGUAUGGCAAUUUUUUAUUAGUAUUCUAACUUGUGAUUUAAAUUAAUAAUUUAAUUAAUUAAUUUAAAUUUGUCAAAUGAAUUUUACCAAAUAAAUAUUUAUAGAUAAGGAAGGACAAACAUUAUUUUUAGACAUAUCUACAAUAAUAAUUUUAUUAAAAACAUAAUGUACCCGAUGAUAUUUAUAAAUAUGUACGUAUAUAUUAAUAAAUAUAUUUACAAAUAAAUAUUUUAUAUGUAAAACUAUUUGUAUUGGAAACAUAUCAAUUUUAUAACCUAUAGGUACGUAUUGAUAAUUGUUAGUUGAAAAUAUGUACACGACUUAUUUACCUAAUCGUGUGUGUUUUUAAUCAAUUUGGAUAUUGUAUUAGAACUACAAUUAAGUAUGUACGUAUUAAGAUUUGAAUAAAACAGUGAAUAAAUUUUAAUAAAACAUUUGAUUAAAAAA